CCAGCGGGUGUUCCCUUGGUUGGAUGUAAAUUAGCCUUAUCAACAUUCUUAGGAUUUUGCCUCGUCAAGAAACCCGCUGUAAGGAAACCCGCAGUGUCAAGAUAGCUAGUCAGUUAAGUUAUUGUCAAGAAAUCUUUUGCCGCAAAAAAUGAAUAAUUUAAUUUGCUUGAUGACCACAAUUCUUAUAGUUAUGGUAAUGCUAAUGGUAGGAGGGGGACAAGUAUUGUCCUCUACGUGCACGUGCAAGGGGGACAUUUGUUACGCUGUAACCCUUGGUGCAGUCGAUUUCCAGUCAUCGAAAAACUUAUGCCAAAAAGUAAAUGGAGAAUUAAUGACAGUCCGAUCUGCAGUAACAGACGAAAUUAUUGGAGAUAUGCUUGUACGCACACCCGGCAACUUCUGGAUUGGAUUACGCCUGCUUAAUGGACGAUGUAGCAACACCAAAUUGAAGAUGCGAGGAUACGAGUGGACAACCGGUAUUCAAAGCUCCGAAUUCAGCAACUGGAAAGACAAUAAGAAUAUCUGCGUUCCACAGUGUGUGUCUGUUUCUAACGAUCGAAUGUGGACAGAACGACCGUGCCAGGACAAAAUCGAUGGAUGUUUGUGUGAGAAUGUUUCUGAAAGUGCGUGCCAAAAACCGAGAGUUUCUUCUCAUCACUUUUAUGGCGUGGAAGGAUGUGAUGCCGUUCCUUGCGAACAUAAAUGCAAAAACGUCCCGGGCGGCUACGAAUGCUCGUGUUUUGAUGGAUAUAUUCCAAGCCGCGACAACCCACAUUUUUGUGAAAUGCACUGUUCUUCAGCCAAAUGUCCGGCCAUAUGCGACGGACAAAAUCAGUGUAUCUGUCCUGAUGGUUUCAUAAAACAUUUGCAUUUUUGCGAGGAUAUAAACGAAUGCGAUAAUGAUUAUUGUGAACAUUAUUGUUAUAAUACCGUAGGAAGUUUUUUCUGCUCAUGCAAAGCAGGUUAUUCACUUCAAAAUGUUGCUAAAUGUGUCAAAACCGAAAUUGUUUCUCUAACAAUCCCGGUUUACGAAUCAGUUACUCCACGUGUUAAUAACACCAGUAAGGUCUCAUCAGCCUCAACGGGGAGUUUUUUUUGGAUCGGCGUUUUCAUUGCAGCGGCAGUUACAGUAGGCCUACUAAUCAUUACUGUUCGGUAUUAUGUAAUUAAGAAUCAUGAGCAGAAUCUGGAUAGGCCAAUACCGAUGUAAUGUCAAGACGUAGUAUAAAACAAUCCAUAGGAUUUUCUAUCAUGAUUGUGAAAAAUCCUUUAAGAUUCUUACUUCCUUUGAAAGUCCUGUAAGGGAAGUCUAGUAGAAAAUGUAGAAAUGGUAGAAAUCUUACAGGACUUGUUCUAAUAAAAAAUAUAUAAGCAUCCUAUAAUAGUUUUAAAUCCAUUUUAAAUCCAAUAUGAAAUGCUACAAAAUGAUUCCGAUGUCAAGAUUGAAAAUCAUUAAGGUUUCUUCUGACUAGGGGACUAUUAUGAAUGCUUUAAAAUUUAUUUUUCAAAGUUGGCAGCAUGAAUAGGCUAGUGCAUUAUGAAUUUUCAAUGAUGAUAACACUUAUUUUAAACAUGUUUUGCAGAUUUACAUUAGCCUAAUGCAAUCUAUAGGCUACACAAAAUAUUUGUAAAGUAGGCAUCUGUAGGCUACCAAACCUAUAUGAAUUAGCCUAUAUAACAUACUGCAUUGAGUCCAGUAUUUAAAUAAUAUUAUUCCAAAAUAAAAUGAUUCUUCCUUUAGGCUUAAUAACCUUACUUCACCUCUGGCUUUUAAUUAUGGUUUGGCAGUAAAAGCCAUGAGGCAAUAGUUUCUGAUUUUUUGAUGAACAAAACAUCCAGAAAUGGCCAUAUCCACUUCCACGUUCUUAAAGAUGCAUUCCAUGAUUUUUGGUCACUGCUUUUCAAAAUGGCGCUGUCAUGUCAUAUUGGGCCCCUGAGUGUUGUGUUCUAUGACAUGUAUGUUUUAAAAAGAGCCCCCUUGUAAUAAAAACAGUUCACUUCCAAAUGUGGAAUUUCAUGGUAUACUGAAAGUGACUCUACUUAUAAGAUCUCUUACACAGUCAGCCCAAAAUGUGAGGUUUAAAGAAUGUGUCACUUUUUCAAGACCGGCUUAGAAAUGCGCUUAGGAAUGCUGCAUGUACUCCAACCAUUUCAGACAUCAAAGGAUGUUCUCUCUGAUUCCUCUGACUUCAAUUUUGGUGGGUUGAUGGCCUCGUGUUUAUCCCUAAUGCAGCACAGAAGAAAUUAUAUCCAUCACCGGGCUGAUGUUUUUGGUUUUGGACUUCCAACUGCAAACUAUACAAUUUCUU